CCCUGCUUCUUCGCUCUUGCUUCUCACCCCUCCUCUCCGCACGCUCACCACUUCUCUAGGGACCGAUCAAGGGGGCACUCCUGGACUAUCAGCCGGGUCGUCCAGGUGGACAAGAAGACUACGGCCCGCACCACACAACGUAGCGCUCGGCAUUGGCUACCACUACACCGUCGGACUACGAUUGCCCAUCAGUCAUGGCACGCACUCCAGGAACCCACCCUCGCCUUGCGUCGCUCUACCUCCUGGUAGCCGCUACCGCGGUCGUGCUGUACGCCGACGCGCAGCUUGAAGAGUGCACGGAAGCCGCAGUCACACAGGCAUGCGAUGAGAGCGCCAUCUGCCUCCAGUGCACCGCCGUCAUAACGGGCGGGUCUUUCUCGGACUGCCUGUCGGGCAUCGACGCCACGAUCGGCUCCUGCGAGUUCACGGAGCAGGCGGCGUGCUGCUUGAACGAGGUCUCCGGCAUCGACUGCGUGAGCGACCUGGCUACCUUCGAGUUCUUCGAGUGCGUCUACGACCUGGCCGCGCCGUGCGACGUGAGCCUGACGUGCAGCGGCGACACGACCCCGGCGCCGGCUGCCGCUUCCGGGACGGGCACGCCUGUCGCCGGUGGUGGCGGCGGGGCUGACACCCUUGCACCUACACCCGCCGCCGCUGACGGCGGCAGCGGCAGGCCGACUGCGCCAACCGCUGCGCCCGCCCCUGACGACGGCCGGCCUGCCCCGCCCUCGGAGACCUCCGCGCCCGCUGCCGCCGGCGGAGCUGAGACCAUGUCGCCCGCUGCUGCCGCAGACGGCGGCAUGCCCGGUGCGCCCUCGGAUACCACCGCGCCCGCUGGUGCCGGCGGAGCUGAGACCAUGAUGCCGUCUGCUGCCGCAGACGGCGGCAUGCCCGGUGCGCCCUCGGACACCACCGCGCCUGCUGCCGCACCGGCGGCGGACGGAGCUGAGACCAUGAUGCCCUCUGCUGCCGCAGACGGCGGUAGGCCUGGCGCGCCCUCGGACACCACCGCGCCCGCUGGUUCCGGCGGAGCUGAGACCAUGAUGCCGUCUGCUACCGCAGACGGCGGCAUGCCCGGUGCGCCCUCGAAUACCUCGGCGCCCGCUGCGGCCGGUGGUGCCGAAGGGACCGUGAUGCCCACUUCCGGAGACGGUGACCGUGCGUCGGACAUCACACCCGCCCCUUCUUCUUCUGCUGGUGCUGCUACGCCAUCCGCCACUACGAUGACUUCGAUGACUGGCGAGGGCGAGACGAUGUCCCCGACCGCCACCGGCGACGGCGACCGCGAGUUGGACAUCACCCCCUCCCCCGCCGCUGGCGGCGGCGGCGGCGGCGGAGGCUCUACUCCCACCGCUUCCGACGAGACCAUGGCGCCCACCAAUGCUGCGGGGGAGGUGGGCAGCGAAAGCGUGGCGCCGACCGCCCUCGGAAACGCUGACGACACCGACACGACCUCGGGGGGGCGCGGCCUGUUCUCGACGAGUGUCGGAGGCGUUGUGACAGGCCUACUCGCGUUCUGCACCGCCGCCGUCGCCGUGGUUGUGUGAUGGGAGUGACGAUUCGAUUUGGAAAAAGGGGGGGCGCUGAUGCCUCACGUGUGCAGCUUGGUUCCUACUGUAAGCGUGUUUUGCUUCCCUUGCGUCUAGUGAGAGGUGGAAAUCGGGGACUUGUCCAGGGUUUCAUCACGGCCGGCGGAAGACUCCCGCAGUGCGUACCUUCUUUUGGAGAGACUCCCGGCACUAUAUUUCGAGUGCGGACUGUUAACAGUAUUAUAUGUGUCGUGGCUUCUUUUGCUUCUGCUCGAGUUGUAGUUCCCGCCGAUUGGCCAUCUUCGUGGAUGCUAUCAGUGCUCGUGGUCGAAUUCCCGCGUGUAUCCAUAUGCAGACAACAACCGUCUCGUACCAUUUUUUUUGUAGGUUUAGAUCUCCCCCCGUUUUUUCUGAGAGUGCGUGAUCGGCGUCGAGUUUCCUUUGCAUGCUCGCGCCUUCUCGCCUUGACGCCUCUUUUCUUUUCUCGGUGAUGCAGUGCAGGUGUUCCGCGUGUGUUCCUAAUUCCAUGUCCCGACGCCGGCUGAGUGAGAGCGAUUGGGUCGCCGGGGAGGAGCCCUUGAGGCUCUUGCGGAGCCCUUGAGGCUCUUGCCAUCGUGUGGAAUGUAUAUUUUCCUGUUGUAGAAAGAUGUGUGUUACCGUUGUGGGAGACGAGCGUGCGUGUUGCUCAGAGCAAAGGAACGGGGUGGGGGGGAUGUCCAGGGGACGUAGGGUGGUCGGGGCUUGACGCAAAACAUUUAGUGCUCCUCGAGUAGGUCGCACAGGGAGCGCAAACGGCUUCGCUGAAACUGCAGCUCGAGUCGCUCAUGUGGCAAUGACUUUUUUUUUCUUGCAAGUGUUGCUUGUGGUCGUGCUGUUGCCAAGGCUUACAGCGAUGGGGGUAGCGACAAGCGUCUUUGCGCGGUGGGGGUUCUGUGGAGGUCGCCCUCGUGAGUAAUAAUAUAUCCAUCAUGUUCUC